UUGCAACAGAAAUUAACUAAGUUAUGAAAAAGGAAAAGUCAAGAGGUACAAGACUCGGUUAUAUGAGAGCAGGUUAUGUUUACCCAUGCACCGAGACGACGAUUCGAGUCGACCAAGCUUAUCAGUCGCUCUCGCUUCCUGUCCACAGUCCGAACUCGACUAUGGCAGAUCGUGAAAUAAACGUUUUAAUUUUUGGAGGAUGCGGCUUCGUCGGGCGCAACUUGGUACAAUACAUAGUGGAAAACGACUUGGCGGCUCAUGUCCGGGUCGUGGAUAAAGUACCUCCGCAGGUGGCAUGGCUCAACAAGUCUCACCAGAAAGUAUUCAACGAUUAUAGAGUCGAAUUUAAAAGCGCCAAUUUAAUAAACCCAGCUUCCUGCAAAAAUGCAUUUUCUGAUAUGCAGUUUCAUUACGUAUUCAAUUGUGCCAGUGAGACAAAGCUAGGUCAGACAGACCCUGUAUAUGAAGAAGGUGUGUAUCAGGUCGGCAAGAACUGCAUGACAGCCGCUGCGAGUUGUAAUGCAUGGCGUUAUAUAGAACUCUCAACAGGGCAGAUGUACAGCAGUGAGAAGACUUGUCAUAAAGAGGAUGAUAAGGUCGAACCAUGGACUAUAAUAGACAAGUAUAAGCAUAAAGUCGAAGAGGAACUCAGUGAGAUAGACCUUAGCUACAAUAUUCUCAGGCCUGGGAUUAUUUAUGGAAUUGGUGAUAAGUCUGGCCUUGGUGCUAGAAUAAUUAUUGCUGGUCUGUACAAGUAUCUUGGUGAAAAAAUGACGUUAUUCUGGAGUAAGGACCUUUUUAUGAACACUGUUCAUGUGCGGGAUGUAUGCAGAGCUUUGUGGCAUUUAGCAACAAUAGAGAAAGAUGGGGGAAUUUACAAUUUGGUUGAUGAGGGCAAAACGACUCAGGGGAUUCUGACAGAAGCAUUGUCAGAAGUGUUUUCAAUCAACCACGACUAUUGGGGGAAUGUAGCUUCUUCUUUGUGCAAGGUUGAUAUGAACACAGUGGUCGACGAGAUCAAUGACAAACAUCUCGCUCCGUGGGCAAAACUCUGCAACCAAAACGGAGUUGUCAAUACACCACUCUCUCCAUACAUACACAAAGAACAAUUACAUAAUAAACAUUUAUAUCUCAGCACUGAUAAAAUAAAAUUGACUGGAUUUGAAGUAUCAGUGCCAGAAAUAACGGCUGAUUAUAUUAAGGAGAUAGUCAAAGAUUACAUUGACAUGAACAUGUUUCCAAAGUCCCUGUUGUCCUGAAUGUGACCAAGUUGUGUUGAAGCUCAGAUGAAAGUGUGCUCAAUUAAGUUACCUUCAAAUGAUACCGAAGAGGGCCAAGUAGAUUUUUAGUACUUAAUACAUUCGUCGAACGCCUUAAAUGCUUCCAUUUAUGUUGAUUGCUUUUGACAUAAUAUGUCGUACAAUGGGCUGAAUCACAAAUAGGUCGGUGCUACUUCUAGUUUUACGCAAUUUACAUGCAUUUAAUUAAUUAUAUUUAGGGGAUUUGGCACAGUAAGUGAUAAAUUAGUCACAGGGUGUUAAGAUUUUAAAUUUAUUCUAGAUACAUAGUUGGUAAGUAAUAAGAAAACAUUCCAAAAGUAUUGUGAAACAAAGUUUGUGUAAGACUGUCCUCUGUGCCUAAUCCGUUAUAUCCAUAAA